AUGUAAGAACCUCUCCCUUCCCUAACUCUUUCUUUUAUGCCAUCAUUACUUGGCGUAUUACAUAUUUUCGUUUCAAAAUUUCAGUAUCAGCAGUUGUUGUUAUACUUUAACUAUAACGAUCUAUCCUCUGUUCUAUAAGGUUUGAUGGCUGGGAACUAUCCUUCCUUCCAAAACCCAGUCCCUAGAUUCCAAAAUUACAACUUUGCGAGCAGCUCAUCUCACCAUCAACAGCACCAUGAGGGUUUAGUGGUGGAACAAGAGGAAAACAUGGUGAUAAAAGAGCAAGACAGGCUACUUCCGAUAGCAAACGUGGGAAGGAUCAUGAAGAACAUUCUCCCACCAAACGCAAAGAUCUCUAAAGAAGCAAAAGAGACUAUGCAAGAAUGUGUCUCUGAGUUCAUAAGCUUUGUCACUGGAGAAGCCUCCGAUAAAUGCCACAAAGAGAAGAGAAAAACAGUUAAUGGUGACGAUAUCUGUUGGGCUAUGGCAAAUCUAGGGUUUGAUGAUUACGCUGAGCAGCUCAAAAAGUACUUAAAUCGUUACAGAGUUAUUGAAGGAGAGAGAUCCAAUCACCACGGCAAAGGAGGAGCUAAAUCUUCACCGGAUAAUUGAUUGAUCAGUGGUUAAUUGUUGAUUUCUUUUUUUAAUUAUAUGCUCUUGUUUUUUUUUUUUUUUAAUUUGCUUUCACUGCUCUUGUUUGUUCUCCGACUCUUAUUUAUGGUAUGUGUAUGUGGUUUGAGACUGUGGAGAGAUAUGUGCUAGUCGUUCUUCCUGAGUUUGUUAAUUUUUAUCGUGAAAAUUAAGAGUGUUUUCGAUUUUAUUUCAGUUAAUCAUAUACAUUCAUAAAGUAUGUAUCGGAUAAAUUCCUGAUUAUGGUCUAUGGAUUCAGAA